CUUUACUGGCACGAUUUCGGUAUUGCAGACAUGUCAUCUCCAGAAAACGUUUGACGUCUCAUCGACAAUUUUAGUUGGUCCAUCCGGACCUUGGUUUACUAUACACUUCUACUGAGCUCAUUCGAUCUGACUGUCCAUCUACUGCCUGAGUGGAUUUUUCAGAUACAAUCAGUGUUACUUUUGCGUUUCUUUUCUUUUUUGUUUCUAACAAAUACACUUUCCUAUGGUAAUUAAUUAAAUCUGUUUGGGAUUUGAUAAAUAUAUUUAUAUAACUAUUAAUCCUAUUCUCAUGAUUGCUCAAAACUAUUUACAAAAUGUUCUUGCGCAAAAAGCUUUAUUUUUAUUGGUUCUUUCGGUAAAUCUUAUACUCUGCCUUUUAAAAAUCAAUGACUAUAUUCAUAUAAAUGCGUGGUUUAUGUUUAUGCCACUUUGGUUAUGGAAUAUUCUAGUGUUUGCGGGUUCGCUCAUUUUAUUCCUACUUAAAUCUCUCAAUUUAACCAAAUUCUGUUUAUUCUAUUAUGUUUAUCAAGUUUUAAUACUCACAUUUCAAAUAUUUCUAUGUAUUAAACUAGAAACAAAUGCAUUAAAUUGGUGUGUAGUCUUUAUACCAAUCUAUUGUUUAUGCGUUUUAGGAUUUUUGACAUUCACAAAAGCGUUUUACGAGUUAACUGUUUAUGAUUGUGAAAAAUUUGUUGCAUUAAAUCUUCCAUGUGUCAUUCUAAUUGCCUUACGUUUAGAUAAUUAUAUUAAUUGGACAUGGGUUGUAGUGUUAAUACCAUUCUGGAUUAUAAUGGGAUUUUUGAUUGUAUUGCUGUUAUUCUUAGUUUGUAUGUUAUGUGGAUUGAGUCGUUUCACUCAGAAAGAUCUUUAUGAUGUUGUUUCAAUGAUUGGAUCCACAUCAAUUGCAUUUACUUUUCUUAUAUUCGUUGUUCUUCUGGUCUGCCGAUUAGAUAACAUUAAACUGUUCACAUAUAAUGAAAUAUUCUUACCAUUAUUUAUUUGUAUUUUGUUUUUGUUGAUUAUGACGAUUUCCACAAAUUGGUUAGUCAGUAAAUUUUGUAGAAAUAUCAAUGGUUCCGAUGGAGGAAAUUGUUUAGUGGAAUAUACCUCUGGAUCUCGGUUACCAGCAAAUACUUCGUUGGACCCUAUUCAAGGAGGAAAUACAAAUGUUGCUAAUAUAACUGUUUCACGUGACAAGUAUUCAGAAGUUCAUCAGAAUCUUACAAAGAACACUGCUUCUGAACCACUUGAAAACAGUAUCGAAACAGUUAUCUCACCCAAUACAGAUGCUCCUUGCAGUAAUUUACUAACCAAAGAAAAACAUUUUAUUCAUUCAAAUAAACUAAACCAACCUAUGAUUAAAGAGAACUCUUUAUCACUUCCGGAUUAAGGUACCUAAAUCUAUUGACGAUCGCGUAUUGAUUUUACAAAUAAUAUUCUUACAUUUGUAAUCUCAAAUAUUGCUUAUUUCUUAAAUGCAAUUGUAGAGGACAAUGUUAUUUCACUGUAAUUUGUAAAACACGCUUUAACUUUUUAUUUUUUUCUUCGUAAAAGACAUUUAUUACAAUAAAUCUGCUUAAUUUGUGUUCAGAUUAAUAGAUUUUGAGCGAUUUUUAAAAUCGUUAUUCAUGUCUGUGAAAUAAGUGAUCAAUUCUGCUUUUUAUAAUGUUCAUUUGUAACUGAUACAACAUUGAAAUAAAUCCCGAGAAAAUGUUUUAAAAAAUCAAUAAUGAUUUUUGAGAAUCUAU